AUGGCCUCUAGGGUGGCUGUCUCAGAUGGGGUGAUUAAGGUGUUCAACGACAUGAAGGUUUGCAAGUCCUCGACACCUGAGGAGGUUAAGAAGCACAAAAAGGCCAUGCUGUUCUGCCUGAGUGAGGAUAAGAAGAACAUUGUGCUGGAGGAAGGCAAGGAGAUCCUGGUGGGUGAUGUGGGGCAAACUGUGGAUGACCCCUAUACUACCUUUGUCAAGAUGCUGCCAGACAAGAACUUCUGCUACACCCUCUACGAUGCCACCUUUGAGACCAAGGAGAGCAAAAAGGAGGACAUGAUGUUCAUCUUCUGGGCCCCCAAGUGUGCCCCUCUCAAGAGCAAAAUGAUCUAUGUGAGCUCCAAGGAUGCCAUCAAGGAGAAACUGACAGGAAUCAAACGUGAAUUACAAGCCAAUUGUUAUGAGGAAGUGAAGGACUGCUGUACCAUGGCUGAGAAACUGGGGGAAUAUGCCAUGAUUUCCCUCGAGGGGAAGCCCUUGUGA